AGUUUAACAAGCAGGGUCCCUUUCUCUCUCAAAUAAAUUGUGUUUUGUGAGAACUGAGAACCCUUUCUCUCUCACUGCUCCAUCCCAUAAUAAAACCCUCUCUCUCCCCUUUCCCAGUUCCCACACUUGCCACACCUAUGUCCACCACCAGAACAAAACUCCCUCUCAACACCCUCUCCGUCAGCCUGGGCUGCGCCAGCUGCAGGCGCCCCAAGCUCCUGCGCCGCCUUUUCCACCCCAAGCCCCGCCCCAAGAGGCCCAACGCCUACCGCGCCUGGGCCGAGGAGCGCGACGACACCGCCACCAGCACCACCACCACCACCAACACCUCCGCCGCCACCUUCUCCCCCUCGUCCUGGGAGUGCGCCAAGACCGUGAGCGGCUUCGGGAGAGCCGGGAGCGAGGGCGUGGCGGUGGAGAAGGACUCCGACGACCCUUACUUGGACUUCCGCCACUCCAUGCUGCAGAUGAUUCUGGAGAACGAGAUUUACUCCAAACACGACCUCAGAGAGCUUCUUAACUGUUUUCUUCAGCUUAAUUCACCCCACCACCACGGCGUCAUCGUUAGAGCCUUCACCGAGAUCUGGAACGGCGUCUUCUCCGUCACCUCUUCCUCCUCCUCCGCCGCCGCCUUCCGCCGUAAGUCACGUGACUUCUAGGGGCUCCCUCGCUCGCACGUGCCUGCGCUUUCUUCAACUGCCGAACGCUAAUGUCCUGUAACCGCUACAUUUCUUCUCAUUACUAAGUAUUUCACAAACAAAAAAUUAUAAAAUAAAUUCAGUUUCUUAAGCAAAUUAAAACCGAUUUGCUUAAGAAACUCAAUUUAUUUUAUUCUCAUUUUUUUUCAUCGGAAAAAAAAUUAUGUAAGCCUGCUCUUGCUUAAAUGUUUAGUAUUAAUUUAUUCUCUUCAUCCAACUUAAAUAUAAGAAGAAGAA